AGAAGAGAAAGAAUGCAAAAGAAACAAAAACACAUUUCUCAAGGUCAAUAACGGACCUUGAGAAAUGUAAAAAAAAAAAAAGUAAAAAAACAAGUGUUAAAAACUAAUCAGUGAUCUUUUUUUUUUUUUUUAAAGGGACGCAGCUCGUGAGCAGGAUGUUUUUGCUGUGUUUUCUCGGUCUGCUCACCUUCUCGCCCGUGACCUCUGGCCUGACGGUGGUGCUUGGACACACGGCCACCAUUCCUUGUAAUCGUAGCUGUUCUACAGUUAAAUGGUUUAGAAAGGAAAUCCUGGUGUGUAGUUUUGCUGAAGGAAAGUUCAUCAUUGAGCCGGGGUUUAAGGGAAGGAUCGAGUUCUCAGAAGCAAACCUGAAACAGGGAAACGCCUCCCUCACUAUAACCGAGGUUGUGUACAACGACAGAGGCUGGUACGUGUGCUCCUGUGACGGCGAUUUGGGCUGUGACCACUACCUGGAAGUAGUCGUUCCGACUUCAUUGACCGUCGUUUCUGGUGAAAACGCUAAGCUGCCUUGCUACGCCGAAACGGACAAACUCACAGCUGAAUCUAACGCCAACAUCCGAUGGGAAAAAGAUGACAAGCUCGUGGUGAAGCUAGCAAACGGAGAGAUGGAGUUUGGUGCAGGAUUUCAGGAUCGAGUUUCUGUUUCCAAAGAGGAUUAUAACAGAGGAGACCUCUCUCUCACCAUCGAUGACGUCAGGCCCUCCGAAGCUGGCUUAUACACGUGCUUUGUUCCGAGUGAAAAAUCCAAACAGCCCGAGAUCAUCGCUCUCAUCGUUAAAGAUUCCCCACCACGCUGGCUCACAGAGCAUUAUAUCUCAGUGGUGUGCGUUAUCAUCGUAGCUGUUGCGGCAGCUCUCCUGUGGGCUCAUCGCCAGAAACUAUUUACAGCUGUCUGUUGUCCACACUCACAGCAUCGCCCAGUUCCACAAGCUGGAAGAUGAAUGAGCUGCUUCUUCUUCUUCUUUUUUCUAUCCUAUCUAAACUUGAACAAUGUUUUAUUUGCUGCUAUUAAUGUGUAUAUAUUAUGUUUAUUCUCAACUGGCAUUGGGAAAUCUCAUUGGCAAAACAGUUAAGCAUAAUGUAAAUUAAGUAUAUUAGCUACAAAAAGGCUCAAUGGUUAAAGACUCUGGGUUACUGAUCAGAAGGUCAAGUCUUAGAUCCCUCAAACUGCCAUUAAGCAGGCCCAUAACCUGGUCUCCUAACCCAUGUAUAUGUGAAGAAGAGAAUUUCACUGUGAUGUAAUUUAUACGUGACAAAGAUUUCUUCAUCAAAAGAAUAAGCUAUUGAAUAGAAACGAGUGCUCUGGUGUGUUAGGAUCACUAGAGAAGAAACUUUAGGACCAAGUAGAAUUUACUUCCUAAAUUUUACUUUAAAUUAAACACUAUACUUCCUUAAACACACUUUGGUUUUGUAUUUUCCGUAGUAUGAGAUGAUAUGUCCAUCUCCAGACCAAGUUUCAGUGAGGGACGCAAUAACACAGUCACUGUGCACGUCUGUUCCUCAAGCAUUUCCGGGAGCGUCAGUUUUAAACAUAAAGCUGUAAAAAAAAAAAAAAAAAAAACAAGAA